AUGGAAGUCUCCUGCGACAUCGAAAUGAUACGCGAUCCUGAGUCGCGCAAGUCCAAUAUCAGCUAUGUCGCGCGCCACAUCGAAGAUGCCUUAACCUCGCAAAGAGAAUAUCGUGGUGGAUGUUCCAUCGGUUGCCGUCACUUCCUCGCACGCAGCUGUUGUCUUUGGUUCGGAAAACGAUACGGCAACUACCUUAUCUGUCUCUAUCUAAUCACCAAAGCCCUCUAUAUCUUCAAUGUCGUUGGGCAGUUCUUUUUAAUGAACAGAAUACUCGGCACAAACUACACAUUUUACGGUCUUGAUCUGCUCCGCGACAUCGCUGAAGGCCAUCUAUGGGAGGAAUCUGGCAACUUUCCUCGGAUCACAAUGUGUGAUUUUGAGAUUAGGAAGUUGGCCAACAAACACCGCUACACCGUGCAGUGUGUUCUUCCAAUAAAUAUGUUCAACGAGAAGAUAUUCAUCUUCCUCUGGUUCUGGUUCAUUCUGGUAGCUGCUGUAGCUACCAGCAGUUUCCUCUACUGGUCCUAUAAAUCCAGUUUCCGCAAUAACCGCAUUCAUUUCAUUCGCAAGUUUCUCAAACUCCGUGAAGCUCUGUCUCCCGGCGAGAAGAAACGCAGUUUCACCUUCGUAGACAAUUAUCUGCGACAGGAUGGCGUCUUUAUUCUACGCUUAGUUGCGCAGAAUGCCGGCGAGCUUGUCGCUUCAGAGAUUGUUGAGAAAUUAUGGCAAAUGUUCAAACGUCGGCAGGAGGUGGGCCUGGCCAAAUCACCCGAGAAACAUGCACUUCCUGACCCAAUGACUUCCCAAAUUGGUUGGAACCUGCCACCCAACAGCAACAAACAAAAAUCGUCAAGUACUCAUUCCUGUCACGGCCACCUGCCCAAACGAGAGGGCAGGGGCAUGCAGUCCGAUGCCGCCUCCUCCGUAGGCCAGUAUUCGACUGCUUCCGUG